UUCACACCAUUAUGUUAUGCUUAUACAGCGCUCAUGUCUCGCUCGGGGACACGUCUCUGUGGUGGUGCUGGGAGCUCGACGUUUAGAAAGCUGUUUCUGCAGACUCCUGAGACAGAGCCCUCCGCUUGCUUAAGUCCUAGUGUUUCCCCUCCCCUGUAUGGAUCUAUUUACUGCUGCUGUGCAGUUACUGUAACUGGUGGGAUAUCACACUGGUACUAGUAGCCAGUCAGCCAUAGUACUGCGCGCUGUUCAGUGUAGUCUCACGAUGGCUGGCUUCUAUUGGCUUCCCUGGAUAUGGGGGGCGUGGCUAAAUGUUAGUGGCGCGCAAUCUGUAAAUCCUGCGGAAUUUUCGCCAAAUCCAGCUGACAUGGGACCGGAUACACGGCGUCUCGUUGUUUCCGCGGUGGCAGUGCUUGUUUCAGGGUUUUUCAGCAUGCCCGUUGCAUCUGGUCCGAUUGAUUAUUCACAAUGCAGAGAUUUCAACAACAGCCUUACAAUAUCUGUAGGACAAAAUGUUACAUUGCCAAAACUAUUGUCCUCUGAUCUGUUUAAACUAGAAAGACUAUGGCCGUUGGAAGGUUUGAUCUGUGAACUUGUCAAUGGAAAUAUGAAACAAAAUUACUUAAAAUGUGUCUAUGGAAACUUGACUAUAAUUCUAAUCAACAUGCAAAUCAGUGACUCUGGGGUAUACCUUUUUAAGAAUGGUUUCGGCCCUGGUAUCUGCUUAAACAUCUCUGUUACUGGUGAUUCAUUCAGAACUACAUCUUCCACACCUCAAGACAUUUCUAAGAAAUCUCCUUCUACUCAUUCCCCAAGAUCUCGUAUUUACACUGUCAUUACCAUCUUGGUCAGUCUCUGUGGAAUUACAGCUUUGAUCCUCUAUUUGUACUGUUAAAGGAAGCAAAGAGAAGAUUCCAAUGGCAUCAACCAGACUUAUUGUGUCCUUGCACAAAAUGCUUCAAACCUUGGCAACAACGGGUGUUAACAGCAAGAGUUUGUGUUUAUCAUGCAGUGACUGAUGCAACGUUUUUAAGUGUGUGUAUAUAUACUGUAUAUAAUAUAAUAAACUUGUAAAUUUGUAA